AUACCCGGAAGUGAUGUUUAGUCAGCAGACUAGGUGAAAACAACAACAUCAGCUCUCUGUUGUGUCGUCUGGUGAUCGCGGUCGUUUCUCCCGGUGAUAACGGUCGUUUCUCUCGGUGGUCACGGUCCUAUCCACCCGGUGUUUCCCCGGUGAGGGUGAGCAGGGAGCGCGCAGAGAUGUGGAUCCAGCCGGAGGAGGUGCUGAUGGCCGGAGCGCUCUGGGUCUCUGAGCGGGCGAACCCGUUCUUCAUCCUGCAGAGGAGGAAGGGACACGGCCGGGGGGGGGGGCUCUCUGGUCUCCUGGUUGGGACUCUGGAUGUGGUUCUGGACUCCAGUGCCAGAGUGGCUCCUUACAGGAUCCUGCUGCAGACUGCGGACUCUCAGAUCUACUGGAACGUAGCCUGUGGCUCAUCCAGGAAGGAGAUCACGGAGCAUUGGGAUUGGCUGGAGGCCAACCUGCUCCAGACCAUCUCCAUCUUCGACAACGAUGAAGACGUCAUCACCUUCGUCAAAGGGAAGAUCUCGGGCAUCAUUGCCGAGGAGAACCGGCUGAAGCAGGGGGAGGAGCAAGAGGAGGAUUGUGGGAAGUUUCGAGAGGCGGAGCUAAAGAUGAGGAGGCUGUUCGGGAUGCCCGAGGAGGAGAAGCUGGUGAACUAUUACUCCUGCAGCUACUGGAAGGGCCGAGUGCCGCGGCAGGGCUGGCUCUACCUGUCCGUCAACCACCUGUGCUUCUACUCCUUCCUAUUGGGCAAAGAGGUGACCCUGGUGGUGCAGUGGACGGAGGUGACCCAGCUGGAGAAGAACGCCACUCUGGUGUUCCCGGAGAGCGUCCGCGUCAGCACGCGUCACACCGAACAUUUCUUCUCCAUGUUCCUGAACAUCAACGACACCUUCAAGCUCAUGGAGCAGCUCGCCACCAUCGCCAUGCGCCAGCUGCUCGACAACGAGGCCUUCGCCGCCGACCGCUCGCUGCCUAAACCCUGCAAGACGCUCAGGAAUGUCUCUGCGCUCAAGAGGGAUUUGGACGCGCGGGCGAAGAACGAGCGCUACCGGAUGGCGUUCCGGCUGACGCAGGACGAGCGUCUGGACGGACACACGGAUUGCACGCUGUGGACGCCGUUCGCCAAGAUGCACGUGGUCGGACAGCUGUUCAUCUCCAACAACUACAUCUGUUUCAACAGCAGAGAAGAAGACUUGUGUCAACUCAUCAUCCCUCUCAGAGAGGUGUCCAUUGUGGAGAAGGCAGACAGCAGCAGUGUCCUGCCUUGUCCCGUCUCCAUCAGCACCAAGAACAAGAUGAACUUCCUGUUCGCCAACCUCAAAGACAGAGACUUCCUGGUCCAGCGCAUCUCCGACUUCCUGCAGCGGACACCCGACAGCUCGUGGGGCGACACCAGCCCGCUGUCUCUGAUUGGUCACUCGGCGUCCUCCAGUGCCCCCUUGUCCUCGGGGUCUGAGUCCGUCCACAGGGGGCGCCAUUACCACCCUGGUCUGCCCACGGCCAGCCACGGUUUGCUGCAGCUCUACCACCAAGAUGCUCCGGAGGACCUGGGACCCAAAGCCAUGAAGGAGAAGAUGAAGGAAGAGGCGUGGAAUAUCCAUUUCUCAGAGUUCGGUCGAGGUGUCUGCAUGUACCGAACCUCAAGAACCAGAGACCUCGUCCUCAACGGGAUCCCCGAGCGCCUGAGAGGGGAGCUGUGGCUGCUGUUUUCUGGAGCACAGAACGAGAUGGCGACCCACCCUGGUUACUACGGCGACCUGGUGGAGCAGGCCAUGGGGCUGUGUUCGCUGGCCACCGAGGAGAUCGAGCGCGACCUCCACCGCUCGAUGCCCGAGCACCGGGCCUUCCAGAACGAGACGGGCAUCGCAGCGCUGCGCCGCGUCCUCACGGCCUACGCUCACCGCAACCCGGGGAUCGGAUACUGUCAGGCCAUGAACAUCGUCACCUCUGUCUUGUUGCUCUACUGCCCGGAGGAGGAAGCCUUCUGGCUGUUGGUGGCGCUGUGUGAGCGGAUGCUGCCCGACUACUACAACACCAGGGUCGUAGGUGCUCUGGUGGAUCAGGGCGUGUUUGAGGAGCUGACUCGAGCCUUCCUCCCUCUCCUGUACGAACACAUGCAGGAGCUGGGUGUGAUCUCCACCAUCAGCCUGUCCUGGUUCCUCACGCUCUUCCUGUCCGUGAUGCCUUUCGAUAGCGCCGUCCUAUUGGUCGACUGCUUCUUCUACGAAGGAAUCAAGGUCACCUUUCAGGUGGCGCUGGCGGUGCUUCACGACAACAUGGAUGCCCUGCUGUCCUGCAGCGACGAGGGAGAAGCCAUGACCAUCCUGGGCAGAUACCUGGAUAAUGUUGUAAACAAACAGACUGUGGCUCCUCCCAUCCCUCACCUGCACGCCCUGUUGACGAGCGGAGACGAUCCUCCACCUGAGAUUGACAUCUUCGAACUCAUCAAGUCAUCGUAUGAGAAGUUCGGCAGCUUGCGCUCCGACGUCAUCGAGCAGAUGAGGUUCAAGCAGAGGUUAAAGGUCAUCCAGUCGCUGGAGGACACGGCCAAGAGGAGCGUGGUGCGAGCGAUGAUGACGGAGUCGGCCUUCAGCAUCGAGGAGCUGGAGGAGCUGUACUGUCUCUUUAAGUCCAAACACAUGACCAGCUGUUAUUGGGGCUCCAGUAGCUCGGCGGCCGAGCGCCACGACCCCAGCCUGCCCUACCUGGAGCAGUACCGCAUCGACCCGGCCCAGUUCGCCCAGCUGUUCGCCUCGCUGGCGCCCUGGGUCUGCGGAGGCCACACCUCCACGCUGUCGGCCCGCCUCUUCAGGCUCCUGGACCAGAACAAGGACGGGCUGGUCAACUUCAAAGAGUUCGUCACCGGACUCAGUGGGAUGUACCACGGAGACAUGACGGAGAAGCUCAAGCUGCUGUACAAGCUCCACCUCCCACCAGCUGUUUGUCCCGAGGAGGCGGAGUCUGCCCUGGAGGCUACACACUUCUUCACGGAGGAGGAGCCACAAGGUGAGAAGGGGAAGGAUGGAGGCGCAGACAGCGAGGAGAAGAAAGAGGAGAAGGUGAAGGACUACCGGUACUACCUGAGAAUGUGGGCCAAAGAGAAGGAACCCAAGACGGAGACCAUCAAAGACCUGCCCAGGAUGAACCAGGAGCAGUUCAUCGACCUGUGUAAAACCCUGUACAACAUGUUCAGCGAGGAGCCUCUGGAGCAGCAGCUGUACCACUCCAUCGCCACCGUGGCCAGCCUGCUGCUGCGCAUCGGAGAGGUCGGCAAGAAGUUCAACAACAACAACGGCGGCAGGAAGGCCGACGACGCCCCCGCCGCCGCCGCUCAGGCUCCGCCCCUCCAACCUCAGAGGGAGGAGGGCCCCGGCGAGGGGGGUUCGGGCGAGACCCAGGUGUGCCGGGCUCUGGCCGACGCUCAGUUGGAGCCGGCGGCCCCGGACGAGGAAACCAAAGACGACGACGCGUCGCUGUCGUCGUAUUCGGUGGUGAGCUCCGGCUCGCUGCAGAGCGAGGACAUCGGCGAUGACGCCGUGCUGAUCGGCGGCGGCGGCGGUCAGAGGCGGGGCAGCGUGCUGGAUGUCGAUUGGUCGAUCACCUUCGAGCAGGUGCUGGCGUCGCUGCUGACGGAGCCGCCGCUCGUGGACUACUUCGAAAAGAAGAGGGACUUCCAGAACAAGAUGGCCGCCAGCAAGGCGCAGAGGGCGGUGGAGCGUCAGACGAGCUCCGCCUCCGACCACGAACUCGCUCAGCAUUCCACCUGAGUCGCCGCCACCUGUCCGUCUCACGCCCUCACUCACCUCCACGAGCAGGAAAUAGAUGUUGUUAUGAAUAAAUAACCUGGUUCUGUUCUCUGAGAGAGUUCACCAGUUUAUCUCCUGAUCAUCUGGAUCAACUAACAACCACAUCCUCUACAGGUAUUAACUCCUUCAUCGACCAAUCAGUGUAUCAAUCUGGUUACAGAAAGGGGGCGGGGUUUACAGCAUCUGACCAAUCACAAACAGGAACCGGUCUGACGUCAGCAGAGCGUUUAAAAACUAUAUUAUCAGAGAAAUAUGAAGAAGUUAUAGACAGAAUUCAGAAGUGACACGUGAAGGAACCGCUGGUAAUAAAUCACUGACUGAAUGUGUUUGUUACUUUCAGUCUGAAAUAUAACUUCUUUAUAUAUUUGUGUCAUAUUAUCUAAUGAUCUACAUACCGAGCUCUGAUUGGCCAAUAGCGUCAGUUCCCGUUGUGGUCUACCAGGUAAGAAGAGAACCUCUGGACAACAGGACAACAACACAUCAUAUAAGUUCAUUUGUCUUGUUGUUGAGGAUCAGCAGUAAUAUAUUUAAAUAUUCUGAGACACAAACCUAACAGACGAGCAAGUAAACUGUCAUCUGGCAAAACUACGGAAGCCUCGAAGUCCCAAAACGUUAAACCAAGUAAAAAUAAAAACCUAAAUCGUUCUGUAUAAUCAAAUAAUAAUUCCUCGAACUUUCUUAAAAUCUGAAGAAAGAUUGAACGUUAUUAUUGUUUGGAAGAUAAAAGUCAAAGUUUAUCGGAAAACGAUGAAAGAAAUAACUUUAAAUAAGUUGAUUUAUGUUGGAAACAGGCGGAAAUUAAAAACUUUUUUUUUUUUUUUAAUGAUUUUAAGAAAAAUUAAACUCAGUUACAUGAACAUAAAAUGUUAUCCAGAGAAAAUAAACUUGUUAAAAUGCUUUAGUUCCUUACGUUCAGAUAUAUUAGCUGCAUAUUAAUACAAUCAUAUUACCUGUUUUACGUCUUUUAUUUUGACGUCACUGAAGCCUUGUUUGUUUGUGCUGAUGACAUCACUGAUGACAUCACUCCUGUUUACUUCAUGUUGAAACAACGAUGUCAGAGGAUGUUUUUAUUUAGCUGUUUCUCUCUCGCUGUCUUUACUGUAUUUAUAUAGCUUUUAAUGUGUAUGUUGUCUAAUAAAUACUG